AUGGCGAUCACAUCUGGCCUCUUGGCUGGAGGAACAUUCCUGUUCACGUUGGGUCCGCUGGCCCCGUUUUUAGGGUACGCCACCUGGCGAUUUGCGAGGCGAGCGCUGGAGCGAGAGAACCUCCUUCAAAGCACAGACCUGGUUGCACCGCUGGAGCGUGUUUUGCAUGACUGGAAUGCCGGCUAUUUUGCGCAAAGAAGUCUCUGCGUGAGACUUGAAGUUCCUGACAACAGGGAGGAGAAGAAGGAGGAGGAUCGGUUGCUAUUCUGGGGGCGUCGAAGGUCACCAUCCAUCAGUGAAAGCCAGAGAGUUACUCGGGAAUUUGGAUUGAGCAUAUACUGGGUCACGGGACUGGACAAACCUAGGCUGGUAGUGGCACAUCUCAAUGCGGGCCAUAAUCAUGAGCCACUUCCUGUGGCCUGA